AUGAGACUGCUGCCAAAGGAACCUCACUCCCCCAGGAGAAAUAUCUUAUGGCUUUGUUUGAGUCUUCUUUUCGUAUUCACCGCUUUUAUCUUGACUAUAGUCGCGACUGCAGGGUCCACUGCCAAUUACUCCCCAAUCAACAAUGUCUACCUGGGUAAAGCGGACAUCUCUCACAUCAACGUGUCAAAGGUCAUCCCACAAAUGUCCCCGAUCCUUACUAUCUUAGGUACUGCGUUAACCGCUCCAAACAGUUCGCUCGACCAAAUUUUCGGCGCCUUGAGGAACGUCGCAGAUACACCAGCACUGACACCAUUGAUGGUGCUCCUGUCAAACGCUAAUAACACAAACGACACAAUAAUAGCACUGACCGAUUUGGCACCCUUGGCUCUCGAGGGGAACCCAGAGGACGCGACGAAGGAGGCUGGUCUCCACUUGCAGGACGUCAUGAGGCAGUCGAACAACGGGAACGAUACAUUGAUCGGGCUCGACGGGUUGGUUAUGGCGAACUUGAACCACCUGAACGACUCACAGGUCGCAAACUCCAGUGAGACUACGCUGUCUUUGUUGAUGGAUUCAAGCGACCCCUUGGAGACCACAAGGGCGCUUAGAGUUUUGAAUAACAUGACAUUGUCACAGAAGACCUCGAUGCUACCCGUGUUCAACUUGUUCCAGUACAGCGACAACACAACAGCACUCACUGAGUCCUUACAUACUAUAAUGAACUCCAGUGCAGACAUCCCACCUUCGAUGGCCACCACUCUACUGACCACUUUGCAGUCUUCGCUAUCCAGUGGGUCCUCCAAUAUCGACUCCGUUUUCAACAGUUUGAGUAACGUUGUGACAUCGCAACAGAGACCCGCCUUGCAAGCUAUCGAGUCGAUGCUCAAGACCUCGAACAACGUCAACGGCACGCUAACUACGUUAGGGAAUAUGAUCAGGGCGAACAUUACGCAGAACCCUGCUGCCAAAAUAGCUUUGCCAGCAUUGAUCACGGUGGUGGAUAACGCUGGGAACACUACACAGGCUCUUGCUGCUGUACAGUCCCUCGCUUUGGUUCGUGACACUGCUUUGGCUGAUGAACAACUGGCCUCCUUGGGGACCAUGCUGAACGUGUCGACAAAUCAGAAACAAACGGUGCAGAGCUUGGUAUCCCUUGAAGAGGGACUAACACCAAAUUCGACGACGAUCCAGUACAUCCCUUCCCUAUUCAAACUGAUCGAGGCUUCGGGCAAUCCAGCAAAGACUUUUCCCGCCUUGGUGACGCUGACCUCGUGGGCGCAGCAGAAUCCAGACACGUUCAAACCGAUCGUUUCAAUCCUACAGUCCGCGAACUCGGUGACCCCGGUCACACCUGAACAGAUGAGGACUAUGACACCUCAGCUCCUGCAGUACUUGGAGAUCCCCAUCUACUACAGACUGUCGAUCUUCACGCUUUGCAAAGCGAAUAUAAACGACGACAUCAUCGAAUGCUCCGAGUCACACGCAGUCCAGAACAUGGACUUCAGGCAAAUCGUAUACGACUCCCUGGUAGCAUCACAGUUCUACCCUUACAUGAGGGCUCUGGACAUCGGCCCACAGGACCUGUACUUGGAAGGUAAGCUACUGAGCAGGGAGCACGAGUACGUUCCCUCAAUCAAGGCGGUCCUUGCAAUGAACAUCUUAUCGAUCGUGACGAACUUCGCCGUGUGCUGCUUCAUCGUGUACAUUCUCAUCUCAGGGUGGAAACACAUGUGGGCGUGGUACACGGUGAUCAUCCUCAACAUGUGGGGUUCGCUGUUUGGCGGACUGAGCGGCACGAUCAUCUCCGUGGUCCUCGAGGUCAUCAAGUCCGGAACGCAUGACGACAACUACGGCGUUGUAUUCACCUCGGGCGACGCGUACUUGGGGCUUAUCUGGACCGCGUUUGCCCUCUCCUUCAUUACGGGCGGGAUGCUAAUCCUCUCCUGGUGGUGCGCCAGGAAGUGGGUGCGCUCAACGACUAGAGGCGUGCAAGAUAGUGACUACGAGAAAGCUUCUCGGGAACACUGCUACAACCAGUACGGGCCUGGUCAAGUCGAGGUUGUCCCCGCGCACACGAACAGCACAAGAGACGGAGAAGACAGCGGCAGCGCGUUCGGGAACGAGAAACUCGUCGUAGAGUCAGACGAAGUCACCGGGCAACCGGACUCCAGUUUCUCCUCAACCGAAGUCGCGGCGCAGCCCACGAAUACGAACAGCAAGUAA